GAACGACCAUGUUGGCAAGAGUAUCGCGAACGCUACCUCGACGAGUAACUGCAAAACCGGCAGUCUGGAAGACAUGCAGGUCAUUUGUUCAACCAUCUGGAGCCGACAGGGCUAGCGUUAUGGACGUACCGUCUUCGUAUCAGGAGGACAACCACCUAACUCCUCGACCAGAUAUGCUCGGCUUCAAAUUGGAAGCACCGAGGCGUGAAGGCUCAGUGAAUGAAAAAGUCCGACCUAUCUAUCUCGAUAUGCAGGCGACUACUCCCGUAGACCCAAGAGUUCUGGAUGCCAUGCUACCCUAUCUCACAGACCAGUAUGGAAACCCCCACAGCAGGACUCAUGCUUAUGGUUGGGAAGCUGAACAGGGUGUUGACGAAGCUCGCAAGCACAUGGCCGAUAUCAUUGGUGCAGAUAUGAAAGACAUUAUUUUCACUUCUGGUGCUACCGAAUCCAACAACCUGGCCAUCAAAGGUGUCGCUCGUUUCCACAAGGAGAAGAAAAAGCAUAUCAUCACGACUCAGACAGAACACAAAUGUGUACUGGACUCAUGUCGGAACCUCGGCGAGGAGGGUUUCGAUAUUACCUACUUGCCAGUGCAGCGAAACGGAGUUAUCUCGCUCGAGGAACUCGAGAAUGCCAUUCGGCCGGACACCUCGCUCGUCUCCAUCAUGGCCGUCAACAACGAAACUGGUGUCAUUCAACCUCUGAAGGAAAUCGGCGCCAUUGUGAGGAAGUACCGAGGCGUGUACUUCCACACCGACGCUGCCCAAGCCGUCGGCAAAAUUCCGUUGGACGUCAACGAGAUGAAUAUCGAUUUGAUGAGCAUCUCUGGCCACAAAAUGUACGGUCCAAAGGGUGUUGGAGCCGCCUAUAUCAGACGGCGACCCAGAGUUCGCCUGGAGCCUAUAUUCAGUGGAGGUGGUCAGGAGCGAGGUCUAAGAAGCGGUACGCUGCCAGCGUCCUUGGUUAUUGGUCUUGGAGAAGCUGCCAGAAUUGCCAAACUUGAGAUGGAGCGCGACCAUGCCCGGGUCAAGGAACUGUCAGAUCGCCUUCUGAAUUCCAUCUACUCUCGCGUUGAACAUGUUGUGAGAAACGGCGAUGUUAAUGGCUAUCCUGGCUGCGUCAAUCUCAGCUUCUCAUACGUUGAAGGCGAAAGUCUUUUGAUGGCCCUCAAGGAAAUCGCGCUCUCGUCCGGAAGUGCAUGUACCUCUGCAUCGCUGGAGCCUUCUUAUGUGCUGAGAGCACUUGGUGCGGCGGAGGACAUGGCCCACUCGUCACUUCGAUUCGGAAUUGGCAGGUUUACCACGGAGGCGGAGAUCGAUUUCGUGGUCGAAAAGAUUGUGGCGACGGUGGAGAGAUUGCGGGAUAUGAGUCCACUAUGGGAGAUGGUGCAAGAGGGUAUCGACAUCAACUCCAUUGAUUGGUCACAGUCGCAGCACUAAUCCCAAACAGUCGUAUGCGUAUCACUUCUUUGUAUCUAUUCUAGUCUCGUCGAUAGUCACUAUCUUAAUUACUUCUCCAGUUGGCGAUGCCGAUUGCGCC